CAUAGUGCAGUAAGAUGUCCUAACUAAUGCUCCUUUGUCCCUGACUACAGGCAGUGCAGGGGUUGUUACAACAGGAGGACACAGAUGAAGUAGAGAGAGAACACAUGUUACUGGGUACAUCAGCUGUUAUACUGGCUCUGCCUCCUCCACCAGUGGACCAGGACAGUCUCGAGACGUACUGGUUAGAGAGCCAACUGCGACUGGUGCGACUUCUGCAGGCCAAGCCGCUCCACCCCAGCGUGCCCCUGCUGGUCCUGCCCCUGGGGUGGGGAACAGACCCUGGGGAGAUGCCCCAGGGGUGGGGCACAGACCCUGGGGAGGACGUCAAGGAGAACCUAGACAUCCAAGGGCUGACAGAAGGGGAGCUGGUGUCAGACUGUCGAGUCGUGGACAUCAGCAGCGAUGUGGAAGAUGACAACACUUGCAGGAAGGUAACUAUACAUCUGUGAAGGGUUUCAUCAAGU